AUGUCAUCAAUUAUAUUUCCCCCAAAUCGAUAUUUCCGAUACAUCCUCUUCCUCCUAUUCCUUGUAAUCCUAUUCUUCACUAUCCCUUCACUAUACUCCCCUUCUUCCAGGACGAUUUCUUCGGAAAUACCAAAUGACGUAUGUGGGUUAGAAGAAUCCUCUUCUUCUUGCACCGACGAUUCUCCAACUACCGAAUCCGAAAUGCAAUUGGAAUUGGAUGGAAUCAAAAUUGACCUUGGCAGUGUGGUUUCCAAUAUUCAAGAGUCAGUCAAGAGGAAUGGAAAGAAGUAUGAUGAAGAUUGGUAUAGGAAUGAAUUAGGUUUUAGGAUACGGUAUGAGGAUUUAGAACAGUACCGAUCGACUUUAAAGGGAAUUUGGAAGAGGUAUUUUUCGAACGAUUUUGAGGAGAAUCACCGAGGGAAUGAAUUGGAUGAUCUACUGAAAUACACAAAUCUCAUACGAUCACCUUCCGGUGUAGUUGGAAGACAAGAAAAUGCGAUUCCAAAGGAUAUAUAUACUACCUCGAUGGAAGAUCCGGAUAAGCUACCUGACCAAUUCAGUAGUUGGACCAAGGAGAACAAAGAUCACAAUGUGAGGUUUGUGGAUGAUGAUGGAAUUGAUGAAUGGCUGGCAGAGGUGUUGUCGCCUUCUAGUGGAGUAGGGAGGGAAAUGAAGUGGUUGAAAGAUGAGGGACGAUGGGGCGUAGUGAGAAGUGAUUUAUUCAGAUACCUAGUCCUACUUCUCAACGGAGGGAUAUACACCGACACAGACACAGCAUGUGUCCGCCCAAUCUCAGAGUGGGGUAAGAACCCUAUUAGAUAUCGAUCUGACAAUCCCUUAAUCGAAGCGUUACCUCAACUCUUAUCUUUAUCUUCAUCUUCGGCUCAUGAACGGUAUCCUAUCUCGGUAGAGGUGGAAGAUAGCCCGUCAUUGAUCGUAGCGUUAGAGGUGGAUUCACCAGCUUCACAUACGGAUUGGAGGUCCGAAACGUUCGUUCGAGGUAUACAGAUAGUUCAGUGGACGAUAGCUUCAAAGAAAGGUCAUCCGAUUUUGUUGGAUGUCAUUGGACAUGCGUUGGAUAAAGUAAGGGAGUUGAGGGAAGCUGAGGAAAGAGGUUGGGAAGUGGAUGAUGAACAGGAUAUCUUGGAAUGGUCCGGUCCAGGUGCAUUUACCGACGCUGUAUUUCGUUAUCUCCUCAUUCGAUAUGGAUUCCAUCCCAAAAGUGUAUCAGGGUACGAUAAACCCCUAAGAGUCGGUGAUGUUUUGAUUAUGCCUGUGCAUUCAUUCAGAGCAGAUGCUUCGGAGGGAUAUCAAGGUGAUGAGAAAGUCGUUUGGCAUGGGUUCUUUGGAAGGUGGAAACCUACAUAG